AUGUCGUCAUCUCCCUCGGUACCGGAACGGCUAACUGAGAUAUUAUCUACUUCGACUUUCCCGCUUGAAUCGCUGAUAGAGCUUGAGGGAACGAUCAACAUUAAAUAUUCGCAGGAUGGCGCAGCAAGUGAUAGGGAGUUUUUAAGCACAUAUUACUCUUCAUAUUUAAUAUGUCUUCUUCUUGACGAUGAUAUAUAUGAAGCUCGGAUGAUAUUCCGCCGCUUGCCUAUUACUCUACUUGAGGACGAUACCUUGAUGAAAGCUCUCGAAAAGCUAGUACGAGCUGUUGGGACGAGGGACCAUGGGACAGUUUAUGAGAUUCUCAAGACAGCCCCAUGGCAUAAGCUUACUGAACCUCUAGUUCAGUCCUAUACUGGUUCGUGUGAUAGAAAGAGCAUGCCAUGGGAUUUGAGAGAGCGGUUUCUAAUCUGUACUGCUUUAGUUCAUUACCGGAACAAGGUCAUAGACGAUACCAGUUUAUCAUAUAAGACGGUUAGGCUACCCACCAUCGAAUCAAAGCUAGGACUUGAGCCAGACUCGGACGCUAUGGAAGAUACUGGCGACGACGUACCAUCGCAAUUGAUACAGGAUCUUUCUGCAAAAGGCUGGACCUAUGAUUCUGUUUCAAGGUUGAUGCACCCCGCAAGGCCAGCAACUCGGCCGGGUGCACAAGAGAGGGUAACGCUCGGGCAAAUAACUGCACUUAUCGGGAACCAUGGAAGUGGCUGA